AUGAAUUGCUUAAUUUGGAAUGUCAGGGAAGCAGCAAGUAAUGCUUUUAGGAGAACUUUCAAGGACAUGUAUAGGCAUCAUAGGCCAGACUUAGUUGUUCUGCUUGAGACUAAGUGCAGUGGAAAUACUGUUACUACAGUUAUACAACAACUUGACUUAAAGUAUCACAUCGUAGAAGAAGCACAAGAAUUUGCAGGAGGCAUAUGGGUCUGCUGGAAUAGGGAUGACCUUUAUAUCAAUGCUAUAGAGAACCAUAACCAAUAUAUACAUGUCAAAGUUCAAGAGCCCAAUGUCAGAAAAUGUUGUGGACUUAUUGAUCUAGGUUUCAUGGGAUCUAGAUACACUUGGCGAGGACCCAAGUGGGAGGGGCUGGAUAGAGUUUUCAAGAAGCUCGACAGAGCUCUAUCUAACUCAUCCUGGAGAACUAGAUUUGAUGAAGCCAAAGUUGAGAUCCUCGCUAGAACUAAUUUGGAUCACCACCCUCUUCUUAUUAAGAUGGCCAACGACCCCAAUAGUAGGAGAGAUAGACCGUUCAGAUUUGAGGCUAUAAUAAAGAGAAGAAUCUUAAACCGGAUUGCGGGAAUUCAAAGAAGUGCGAAUUAUGGAAGGAAUCCUUAUCUUGAUGAUCUUGAACAGAAACUCAAUAAGGAUUUGAACGAGAUUUUAGACAAAGCGAAAACUUUUUGGCUCCAAAAAUCUAGAGAAAAAUGGAUUGUGGAGGGAGAUAAGAAUACUAAGUUCUACCAUACUAAAACCAUUAUUAGAAGGGGAAAGAACAAAAUCCUAAAGCUUAAAGACAGCAACGGAAGAUGGAUCAAAGAAGAGGAAGACCUAAGAAAUCAUGUCAUUAAUCAUUUCAAAGAUUUCUACCAAGAAGAGGUAAUGAUUGUUCCCUUUAAUCUAUUACAACUUUCUCUCCCUAACUUUAGUCUUUUUGAAUGCAGGAAUCUGAGCAGAAUUCCAGAUGAGGCGGAGAUCAGAAAAGCGCUUUUCAGCAUAGGAUCGCUAAAAGCCCCAGGAAGUGAUGGUUUUCCAGCGUUGUUAUACAAGAAUAAUUGGGACUUAAUGAAGGGAAAGGUUUGCGACUUUAUCACUAUGUGUUGGAAGGAGCCAGAUCUCAUCAAACAUGCCAGCAUAACCCUGAUUGCACUCAUUCCAAAGUUGAACAGUCCUGAUACUAUUAACCAUUUCAGACCUAUUGCCCUAUGUAAUGUGAGCUACAAGAUCAUAACGAAUAGAAUCAAGCCCCUCUUAAAUGACCGGAUUUCAGUCCAUCAAUCAAGCUUCAUCCUAGGAAGGAAGAUACAAGACAACAUCCUUAUAGCUAAGGAAAUUAUGCAUUCUACGAGAAGGAUGAAAGGAAAAAAGCAAUUCAUGGCCAUCAAAGUUGACUUUGAGAAGGCUUAUGACAGGCUUAAUUGGAAUUUCAUCAAGUAA